AUGUUUGACUGCCUCAAUUCAGUACCCUUCGAUGUCCUCGACGAGAUAUGCAAGCUGAUCGUCGCGGAGUCGAAUAUUGAUGUCGGCCGCGAGCACGCACACCGAGACGAGCCGCCGAUCUUCGCGAAGGUCUUCGAAGCAAGGAGGGCGAGCGAGACGAGUCCUUACGCCGUGCGCCUCGUGUGCAGACGCCUGAAUGAGGUGCUCGUGAGGUACCUCUUCAGGGAUGUGUGCUUAUCGGUUUCCUCGGACUGGCUCAGCCUGGCCCCGUCGCUCCAGGAGCUGGCGUCAAGGACGGCGAGCGUGUUCCAGGAGAACGCACGGACUUUGUGCAUAGACUCGCUCGUGAAGAAAGAGUCCCAUUAUCUGCGAGACGACGACCACAAGGAUGACGAUCAGAACUUACUUCUGCCACUCGAAGUGUACGAUGCCUACCCCGACCCGAAGACUGCGAGGAAGAAGCAGUCUGCCAGAGUAGAAUUUAUCGCGGAGGUGAAGGACUACAUCACCCCGGCCAUUGCGUCGUUUACGAAUGUAACGGAGGUGAAAUGGUGCAUCCACGAGAACGAAUGUCCGCCGUGGUUUCGUACCGCCGUCAUCAAUGGAAUCGCCUGCCUGCCCAACCUUCCCCGAUUACACAUGUCCCGACACAAAGCGUGGACGCGUAACUCCCGCGACUCCCCAAAGCUGUUUUUCCAUGAUAUGGUCUUUGUCAUUCCUGAUAUGCGUCAGCUCAGAGACCUCGAGCUCAGUUUGCAUGAGCAAUGUCUGCCAGCGGAUUACAGUUCGUUUUGGCAGGCCCUCGAAGUUGGGAAGAACAGGCUCUCCCGCUUGAAGACGAAUAUUCUCAGUAUGUCCGUCCUGGAGUACGUUGCGUCGUACUCUGGGUUGGAGCAGCUUUCGUUCGGGCUCCGUACGUUUAUGUCGAAGGGACACAUCGAGCAAAGCGUUCAUGACCGCCUGGCGUCGUACAUGUUCGAUAUUGCUUUGCCGAAGCAUACAGAGACUUUGGAGGCCCUGGAUCUUCCUGGUAUCUUUGACAGCAAGGAAAGCUGGUCCGUCCGUUCAGGCAGCGUUGGAACAAUUGUGAAACUGAAGAAGCUACGCACACUUACUGCUGCUUUCUUCAUACCAGAAAACGGAGAAAAGUUGGAACACUUCAAACAACUUACUCGUCGUUUGUCCGCCCUUCCGCGAUUGCGUUGUCUUCGGGUCAAUGCCACUCAGAUGCACAUGCGUUUCUACCACGGUCUCUUCGACAAGACGCCGCCAGUCCUAAACAAGAUGCACGACCUUCUAACAACCGUCGAAGUCGACGACUUCCAGCGGCUUGAAACCAUCCCGAAGGUGGUAGAUGUUAUCAUCCACCAACACCAAAUCGUAACCUACAGGCUGGUCACCAGAACCGAUGGCUCAAAGUCCCACUACUAUCAUACCGACCAGGAAAUCCCUCCGUUCGAACCAGGUCGAAGACACAUCAUGCGAUGUGGAGGAAUUUUCCGUGCCUCACCUAUCCCUCGACCAGGGGAUAAGGAAUUUGAGGCGCUGAAGGCAAAGAUCAGAGCGGCACGAAUUAACCGCGCUAAGUCGUGA